UCCAUAUUUCUGUAUAAAUGCUCCAUAUUUCUGUAUAAAUGCUCCAUAUUUCUGCAUAAAUGCUCCAUAAAUGCUCCAUAUUUCUGCAUAAAUGCUCCAUAUUUCUGUAUAAAUGCUCCAUAUUUCUGUAUAAAUGCUCCAUAUUUCUGCAUAAAUGCUCCAUAUUUCUGUAUAAAUGCUCCAUAUUUCUGCAUAAAUGCUCCAUAUUUCUGCAUAAAUGCUUCAUAUUUCUGCAUAAAUGCUCCAUAUUUCUGUAUAAAUGCUUCAUAUUUCUGCAUAAAUGCUCCAUAUUUCUGUAUAAAUGCUUCAUAUUUCUGUAUAAAUGCUCCAUAAAUGCUCAAUAUUUCUGCAUAAAUGCUCCAUAUUUCUGUAUAAAUGCUCCAUAUUUCUGCAUAAAUGCUCCAUAUUUCUGUAUAAAUGCUCCAUAUUUCUGUAUAAAUGCAUCAAUAACAUCCCCUCUGAAGCAUCCUCCGGUGUGCAGCAGCAGCAUCUCAUCCCUGCAUGAACCCCGUGCUUGUAUAAUCUCUCCGUGUCGCUCCGUUGCCGCAGUGAAGGAGGAAACCCCUUCUCUCUCGACGUCGACGUCGCUCUCCCGCCUGUCCUUUUAUGGUGCGGGGAUACCCGCCGUCACGGCCGGAUGCGGACCAUGUUUGGGCAGCUACGAUGCGCGCGGCGGGGGGAAUCCCUCGCGCCGGUGAGGACCAAUAAGGCCGGGCCGGGAGUUACCUAGGAGACGGAGAGUAUAAAAGGGACGGCGGAGCGGAGGGAGAAUCAGUAUCAUCAGCACCACCAGCAUCCUCAGCAUCUCCUGUAUCCUCAGCCUCAGCAUCACUGAGCAGCCUCAGCAUCCAGUGGACUAACGGACUAAUACCUGGACUCUCCAUCUUCCACCUGUUCUGCUUUUACACACACACAAUAUAUAUACAAUAAAGAUGCUUCUGGAGCGCGAGGACAGCUUCAUGUCGGAGUUUGAGGACGCGUGCAGCGCGUGGGUGGACAGUGUGGGCUCGAGCCCCAGCGACGGAGCGGACUCUGACGUGGGCUCACCUUUCUGCCAAGUGUUCUCUCCUGGAACUGACGCCUCCGACUCAGAUUUCUUCUCGGACUUCAGUGACUGCUCCUCGGACACGCUCUCUCCAUCCCUCGGCUACACCGGCAGCUUCUUCACGGAGCCGGAGUCGGUACCGCUACCAGCUGCAGGUCUGAGCAGCACCGCGGACGCCAUCCUCAACAUGAUCACAGAGAUAGUCGGGAUCUGCACCGAGAUGGAGCAGGAGUCCAGCCCGGCCUCUGCAGCACCCUGCCCGGCUGCAGCAUCCUCCUCCAGCCCGCUCUGCACCGCAGCUCCAUCAUGCGGGGCAGCUCCAUCAUGCGGGGCUUCCAGCUCGGACUGCACCCUCCCACCUCCCACCGUGGUGAUCAAGAGUGAGUUUGUGAGCUCCGGCUGCAGCAGCGGGUGUGCUCAGUCAUCAGUGGCCGGGUGUGAUGCUCUGUUCCCGGGCAGCGCGGACUCUCUGCUGCCUCUGGAGCAACAGGUGGAUGUUGCUGCUUUCAUCGAAUCUCUGCUGAGCUGCGAGGCCGGGCAGGGCGAGCUGAAGGCCGGCUGCGAGGUGAAGCAGGAGCCGCUGGGUCUUGAGGACUGGCUGAAGAGCUUAGCUGCUGCUCCGGUUACCGGAGGAGAUCCCGGUAGCUACGUCAUCAAGACGGAGCAGCCCCCCCCCUCCACCCUGGACGCGCACCUGCUCUCCUCCAUCCUGCAGGGCGCGUUCCCGAUGGUCAACAUCAGCAGCGUGCACGCGCCAGGAGGAGCCCCCAAAGUGUCACGCGCAGGCCGGAGAGCUCCCGGUAAGAGCGCGGGGGGGCUGAAGGUGAAGCCGUUCCCGUGCACCGUGCACGGCUGCGAGCGCCGCUUCUCGCGCUCAGACGAGCUCAACAGGCACGUGCGCAUCCACACGGGCCAGAAGCCCUUCCAGUGCACGAUCUGCGCGCGCAGCUUCAGCCGCAGCGACCACCUGACCACGCACACGCGCACGCACACGGGGGAGAAGCCCUUCUCGUGCGAUGUGUGCGGCAAGCGGUUCGCGCGCAGCGACGAGAGGAAGAGGCACGGGCGCGUGCACGUCAAGCAGCAGCUGCGUGCGCAGAUGAUGGCCGCCUACUCGCUGGCCCUGAACGCGCCUGGAGUCUAAAGCAGCGUGCACGCGCUCCCAGAGAGGGGAAGUUUCUGCAUUUGAACCGUCAACCGGAAGGACGUCAUAGAGACGUUUCCAUGUGACGUCACACUGACUUUGAGCCUGGAUACAGGUGUGAAAGGUGUUCAGAGGACUCUGGAUCCUGUAUCGGGGUCGAGGACGGGGUUCGGGUCUGAUCCCGGACCGGCUGGUCUUCGGACCGCCACGCUGCUCAGACUGUUGGUUAAAGGAGUCCGUCCAGACCAGACAGAGUCUGUCCAGAAGGAGUCCGUCCUGACCGGCCUGUAAAAUACUGACUUCCUGCAUGAGGACACUGAAUGUUGACGUCAGAAUGUCGUGGUUCUGUUUCCUGUUUUGCGACUCAGAUAUUUUUAUGUCAGACUUCUUUCUAUAUAUUUACAUCUCUGUUUGUACCACAUCUCUAUUUUUAUAGUUUGUCUACCUCCGUGUUUACUAUGAGAGUGUAUAUAUAUAUAUAUAUAUAUUAUAUUAUAUUUAUAUAGAAGAAGCCAGAUUUCUAUGGUGGAUCAAAUGUGCCAUGAUGUCACUUUUCUAUGAGCUGAUGGUGGAUCCUGAAUGAUUCUGCUGGUUCGGUGCCGGUUGGAGCUCCGUGUUGGAGCUCCGGUGGUUUUGAAGCUGUGCAGGUUCCUGUUCCCUCGUUCUGCAUGGAAUAAACUAAAACUAAACAGCAA